AUGACUGAUUUGAAAAAUCGUACUGAACAACAACAACAACAACAACAACAAGAUUCAAUGAAUGUCCCAAUUUUAAGCACCUCAGAAAAAGAGAAACAAAAACACAACAAAAAUCAAGACAAUAAUAAUGGUGGCACUGAUUCCUCCGAUUCCCAGUCAUCUUCAUCGUCUUACUUAGACAAGGAAACCUAUGAGGGUAAGAUAUUAAGAAAAAGAACAUCAAGUAUCUUCUCUUUAGAUACAACACCAUUAGCUCCACCCAAUGAGAAUGAUAUUGAAAAAUUCACAAGUGACAAAUACCAUUUCAGUAUGAUUAGAAACUUACACAUGGCAGAUUACAUCACCAUGUUAAAUGGGUUUUCUGGGUUUUAUUCCAUCAUUUCAUGUUUAAGAUUUACUUUAACAGGUAAACCGCAUUAUGUACAACGUGCUCACUUCUUUAUAAUAUUAGGAAUGUGUUUUGAUUUCUUAGAUGGGAGAGUCGCAAGAUUAAGAAACAGAUCCUCAUUAAUGGGUCAAGAAUUAGAUUCGUUAGCUGAUUUGAUUUCAUUCGGUGUCGCUCCUGCUUCCAUCGCAUUCGCCAUUGGGUUACAAACUACUUUCGAUGUGUUUGUCUUGUCAUUUUUCGUACUUUGUGGUAUUACAAGAUUAGCUAGAUUCAACGUAACUGUAGGACAAUUACCAAAGGAUAAGAAGGGGAAAUCUAAAUAUUUUGAAGGUUUCCCAAUGCCAACCACUUUGGUUUUAGUGUUUGGUAUGGCUUAUUGUGUUGCACAUGGGAUGAUUUUUGAUAAUAUGCCAUUAGGGAUUGUUAGAAAGGAUCAAAUCUUAGAAUUCCACCCAAUUGUACUUACUUUCUUUAUUCAUGGUUGUGGUAUGAUCUCAAAGAGUUUGAAAAUUCCAAAACCAUAG